UUUCGCUGAUUCCAGUCAGACAGGUGGAGCCGCUGGUACAGAACUCUACAGGUCACCAGAGCCAGAAAGUGUAUGUAUGUGUGUGUGUAUGUGUGUGUGUGUGUGUGUGUUUGUGUGUGUGCGUGUGUGUGUGUGUGUGUGUGCCUCUGGAGGAGGUACUCCAGGGCCCUGUGGUGUGUGUCCCUCUUAAAGAGCUCAGAAUCAUUUCAACAAACCAGAAACCGAACGUGAGAGAGAGUUACUAUCACCUCUUGGACCCUCCUGGACCCACCUGGACCCUCCUGGACCCUCCUGGACCUUCAUAAACCCUUCUGGACCCACCUGGACCCACCUGGACCCUCCUGGACCCUCCUGGACCUUCAUAAACCCUUCUGGACCCACCUGGACCCACCUGGACCCUCCUGGACCCUCCUGGACCUUCAUAAACCCUUCUGGACCCACCGACCCCCCGGACCCCCCCUCAUGGGGGACAGCUGAGGACCUUGGGCCUCAGAGGACAGGAAGUGAGGCGCUGGUUUCCCUCUGCAGUGAGCAUGGAGGACCCCGGGCUCCCCCCCACAGGGACCCCCAUCAGGGCCCCGACCGGGACCCCCCUUUGGACCCCACCUGGCUCCCAAAGAGUGUCCCCGGCGGCGGAGCGUCUUCUCCACAUCCUAUUGGACGAUGACAGCAGGCCGACGCCCACUAUCUUCACCGAGAUGGACACGCUGCAGAGCGAGGGGGGGGAGCUGGAGUGGAAAGAGACUGCUAGGUGGGUGAAGUUCGAGGAGAAGGUGGAGGAGGGGGCCGACAGGUGGAGCAAGCCCCACGUCUCCACGCUGACGCUGCACAGCCUGAUGGAGCUGAGGACCUGUCUGCAGACCGGAGGCAUCGUGCUGGACCUGGAGGGGGACGGCCUGCCCCAGAUAGUGGAGGAGAUCGUGGACCGGCAGGUCUCCGACGGUCUGGUGGCUCCGGACCUGAAGGAGCAGAUCAUCUUCGUGUUGCUCAGGAAGCACCGUCACCAGACCAGGAAGCCCAUCCACCAAUCACUGGCCGGCAUCGGGAAGUCCUCCAGCGCCUCUGCACCCACUCGUAGUCCUCAAGUUAACCUGAGUCAUAGUUCAGCUUCUGGGACCCACCACUCCACAGAAGACCUGCACUGUCGGCAGGCCAGCAGCCUGAGCCGUCAGCAUCUCGCUCAGAGCCGCAGCAUGAACGACAUCUCAGACACGCCGAGCACCGACCAGAUGAAGAACAAGUUCAUGAAGAAGAUCCCCCGUGACGCCGAGGCCUCCAACAUCCUGGUGGGCGAGGUGGACUUCCUGUCCAAGCCCUUCGUGUCCUUCGUGCGGUUGGCUCAGGCCACGACGCUGGGCGGCCUCACCGAGGUGCCGGUGCCCACCCGGUUCCUCUUCAUCCUGCUCGGCCCGCACGGGAAAACCAAAUCCUACAACGAGAUCGGCCGAGCCAUCGCGACGCUGAUGGUGGACGACCUCUUCAGCGAUGUCGCCUACAAGGCCCGGGACCGCGAGGAUCUGAUCGCCGGCGUGGACGAGUUCCUGGACGAGGUCAUCGUGCUGCCGCCGGGCGAGUGGGACCCCAAGAUCCGCAUCGAGCCCCCCAAGAAGGUUACAUCGGCAGAAAUGAGGAAGUCGGUGCUGAACCUGAACGAGCUCGGUCAGAUGAACGUCUCGGCCGGCGCCGGGGGGGAAGACGAAGAGUUUCCUGCUCCUCACGAGCUCGGAGAGGAGCUGCAGUUCACCGGGAGGUUCGGAGGCGGCUUGUGGCUCGACAUCAAGCGGAAGGUUCCGUGGUUCUGCAGCGACAUCUACGACGGGUUCCACAUCCAGAGCAUCUCGGCCGUGCUCUUCAUCUACCUGGGCUGCAUCACCAACGCCAUCACCUUCGGGGGUCUGCUGGGGGACGCCACCGACAACUACCAGGGAGUGAUGGAGAGCUUCCUCGGCACCGCUCUGGCCGGGACGGUGUUCUGUGUCUUCGGUGGGCAGCCGCUCAUCAUCCUCAGUUCAACGGGACCCAUUCUCAUCUUUGAGAAACUGCUUUACGAAUUUAGCAAGAGCAACCAGAUCGACUACAUGGAACUGCGCCUGUGGAUCGGCCUCCACUCGUGCCUCCAGUGCUUCGUGCUCGUGCUCUCGGACGCCAGCUACAUCAUCAAGUACAUGACGCGCUUCACUGAGGAGGGCUUCUCCAGCCUCAUCUCCUUCAUCUUCAUCUCCGACGCCAUCAAGAAGAUGGUCGGAGCCUGGAAGUAUUACCCCAUCAACCGCGGCUUCAAGCCAGACUCCGCCACCUCCUACCGGUGUGACUGCCUCGCCCCGGACCAGGCCUCUGCUCUGGGCUUCAAUGUCUCAGCGCCGCUCGGAGACGAGAACAUGACUCUGCUGUUCAACCUCACCGGUCUGGACUGGAGCCAGCUGGGGAAGAAGGAGUGUGUGCGGCUGGGCGGCCUCCUGGUGGGCGGCUCCUGUAAGUACGUCCCCGACCUGGCGCUCAUGUCCUUCAUCCUCUUCUUCGGGACCUUCUCCACGACGGUGGCCCUCAAGAAGUUCAAGUUCAGCCGCUACUUCCCGACCAAGCUCCGGUCUCUGGUCAGUGACUUCUCCAUCAUGAUCUCCAUCCUGGUCUUCUGUGGUCUGGACCUCCUUCUUGAACUGGACACCCCCAAGCUGCUUGUGCCCACGGAGAUCAAGCCGACCCGGCCCGACCGCGGCUGGCUGGUGUCGCCCUUUGGGAAGAACCCGUGGUGGUGGUACCUGCUCAGCUCGGUUCCGGCGCUGCUCGUCACCAUCUUGAUCUUCAUGGACCAGCAGAUCAGCGCCGUGAUCGUGAACCGCAAGGAGAACAAGCUGAAGAAGGGCUGUGGGUACCACCUGGACCUGUUCUGGGUCGGGGUUCUGAUGGCCGUGUGCUCCCUGCUGGGCCUGCCGUGGUACGUGGCGGCCACCGUCAUCUCCGUCGCCCACAUCGACUCGCUGAGGAUGGAGAGCGAGUCGAGCGCCCCGGGGGAGCAGCCGCAGUUCCUGGGGGUCCGGGAGCAGCGCCUGACGGGUAUCCUCGUCUUCGUUCUCACUGGACUUUCCAUCUUCCUGGCUCCGGUUCUGCAGUACAUCCCCAUGCCCGUCCUGUACGGCGUGUUCCUCUACAUGGGCGUGGCCUCGCUGAGCGGCAUCCAGUUGUGGGAGCGGACCAAGCUCUACCUGAUGCCCCCCAAGCACCAGCCCGACUUCCCCUUCCUGCGCCACGUCCCCCUGAGGAGGGUCCACCUCUUCACGCUGGUCCAGAUCCUGUGUCUGGUGGUCCUCUGGGUCCUAAAGUCCACCGUUCUGGCCAUCAUCUUCCCCGUGAUGAUCCUGGGUCUGCUGGUGGUCAGGAAGCUGCUGGACUUCAUGUUCUCGCAGCACGACCUCGCCUGGCUGGACGACAUCCUGCCGGAGAAAGACAAGAAGAAGAAGGAGAAGAAGAAGGCGGAGCCUGAGAGCGACGAGGAGCCCGGUAGCUCCGCCCCCUCUCCAGUGAAGAUUCCCAUGGAGGCCCUGGAGCCCCUCCCCCUUCCACGUUGCCCCUCCCACUCACAACCAAACCUCUGACUAAGAUGAACUCCAAUCAAAAUGAUUUAGACUACAGCCCCUGCAGCACACACCUGUCGGCCUCUACCUCAGUAACUGACCUGCUGGUUCCACAGCGUCACGCUGCACCUGAGGAUCUCCUGCCCCCCCCCCCCACGACCCCCACGACCCCCACACCCCCAGGUGAGCAUCCGGGUGGAGUCGGACUUCGAGGAUCCGGACUUCUUCUCACAGCGCCACCUACAGGUCCUCCAGGUCCCUCAGAACCUUCAGGACCACCAGAACCUUCAGGACCACCAGAACCUUCAGGACCACCAGGACCGGAGACCUGCGGCGGGAAAGAACAAAGACUUCAAGAAAUGCCACGCUCACUUUAGUGACCCUGAGACCAUGUAGACACACACACACACACAGAGACACACACACACAGACAGACACACACACACACACACACACACACACACACAGACAGACAGACAGACAGACAGACAGACAGACAGACAGACAGACAGACAGACAGACAGACAGACAGACAGA